AUGACCGUUGGGCCAAGUGGUGCACACGCGUCGCGCGCGCGGCGUCGCCAUGGCGACCAGGUGACUACAGGUCACGGCAGGGAACAGCGCCCCUCUAUAGGCGAGCAGGUGGCGGUGUUCCGCGGCGAGGAGGGGGGCCAGGCGAGCGUGCUGGACGCCUACUGCCCGCACCUGGGGGCCAACCUGGCGGUGGGGGGCCAGGUGAGGGGGGGCUGCCUCGAGUGCCCCUUCCACGGCUGGAGGUUCCGUGGCGAGGACGGCCGCUGCGUCCACAUCCCGUACUCCAGCAAAGUGCCGGAGUUUGCGCGCGUGCGCAGCUGGGCGAGCUGCGAGCGCAACGGGACGGUGUACGCGUGGUACCACUGUGACGGCGGCGAGCCCACGUGGCAGGUGCCCGAGGUGGAGGAGAUCUCCAGCGGCGAGUGGCAGUACAGAGGUCGCACGGAGCACACCAUCAACGCGCACAUCCAGGAGAUCCCAGAGAACGCGGCGGACGUGGCGCACCUCAACCACCUCCACUCGCCCAUCAUCCUGAGCGGCAGCGACCUGCGCUUCUCCAACCCGCCCCGGUGGGGCUUCACCAAGCACCUGUGGGACGUGCAGUGGAGCCCCGAGGCGGCGCCGAACCUGCACUGCUCCCGCAUGCUGCUGCACCAUCGCGUCACCGCGUGGGGACACGAGCUGCCACUCGCCACCAUCGACGUCGUCGCUCGCCAGGUGGGUCCGGGUCUCGUGUUCAUGAGCUUCGAGCACAAGCUGCUGGGCCGCGGGGUCAUCCUGCACUGCGUGACCCCCGUGGAGCCGCUCCUGCAGACCGUGACCCACACCAUCUUCUACGCGCGGCGCGUGCCCACACUCGUGCCCAAGAUGCUGCUGCGCCUGGAGUGCGUGCAGUUCGAGCGCGACCUCAUGAUCUGGAACAACAAGCGCUACGUGUCCAAGCCGCUGCUCGUCAAGGAGGACGCCCUCAUCGCCCGCCACCGCCGCUGGUACUCGCAGUUCUACUCCGACAACAGCCCCCGCUACUCCCGGAGCCGCGACUCGCUCGACUGGUGACGGGCCCCCCCCCCCC